CACACACCGGACAAUUGUAUUGUCAGUACCAUCCAGUAAGAGGCAAUUCCCCCAAAUCUCGGGGCAAUAUCCAGCUGAACAAGCUGAAAAUAAGCGAGUAUCCGGAGAAUAGAGUGCGAGGCGUGUGAAGGUAGGAUGAAGGUGUGGCAUCGAACUUGAUCAGAUGGCCCUGCCGGCCCUCACCUCGGCUGCCCGGCGCCCGGGAGGUGGGGACGACAAGCCGGAACAAAGUUGGGGAACAAGCCUGGGGAACAUGGCGAUGCGGGGAAAUCCUCCAACCGACAUCGUCUUGGGGCAUUGGCACGCGCGAGAGGUGCUGGCGUGCCCGAGUAAUCUCCCGGCAGAAUUCACGGGGGCUCGUGGCGGUAUUUUUUCGUCCGUGGUAUAAUAGCCGGCGCCAUUACUUGACGAAAAUGCCCAAGUCUAAGGCUAGGCCAGCGCUCCGGCCAUCACCUCACCCUUCAUCUCGGCAGCCAGCAACAGCAGCAGCUGCCCCCCAAAGAUGAAGCCCAACUUCGCUAGCUGGGCCCUGCUCGGAGCCCAGGUCGCCGCCGCCGCGGCAGCCUCUUCGCUCCUCUCCUUCGGCGACGGGGACAGCCCCUACCGGCUCGCCGCCCAGGGCGUCGCGCCCGUCAUCAAGGUGUCCGGGGACGACUGGCCGGCGGUGCUGCGGACGGCGCGCGACCUCGCCGCCGACUUUGGGCGCGUCGUCGGCGCCAACGGCACCGUCAGCGUGGUCACCAGCGGCACGGCCACCAUCAGCCGGCCGUGCCGCGACCGCCCCGUCAUCGUGGCCGGCACCAUCGGCCGCUCCAGCUUGAUCGACGCGCUGAUCGGGGCCGGCAAGCUCGACGUGGCCAAGACAAAGGGCACGUGGGAGUCUUACACGUCGCAGGUCGUGCGUGACGUCGCGCCCGGCGUGCCCUGGGCGCUAGUCGUCGCCGGCAGCGACAGGCGCGGCACCGUCUACGGCCUGUACGACAUCUCCGAGACCAUGGGGGUGAGCCCCUGGUAUUGGUGGGCCGACGUGCCCGUCAAGACGAAGACGGCCGUCUAUGUGAAGCCGGAGGGCAAGGUGCAAAAGGAGCCGAGCGUCAAGUACAGGGGCUUCUUCAUCAACGACGAGCAUCCCGCGCUUCUCGGCUGGGUCAAUGAAAACUUUGGAGGCGUUUGGGGCAGCGAGUUCUAUGCCCAUGUUUUCGAGCUUUGCCUGCGUCUCAAGGGAAACUACCUCUGGCCUGCCAUGUGGGGAAAGAUGUUCUACCUGAACGACACCAAGAGCGGCCCGCUUGCCGAGGAAUAUGGCGUCGUCAUGGGCACGAGCCACCACGAGCCCAUGGCGAGGUCUGAGAGGGAGCAGCAGCUGUACAACAACGGCGCCUGGGACUGGUCCCGAAACAAGGCAAACAUCACAAAGUUCUUCAGGGAGGGGGUUGAGCGGUCCCGCGACUGGGAGACGUACUACACCAUGGGCAUGCGCGGCUCCGGGGACGAGGCCAGUCCUACAUUGACCGCCCCUGCGCUGGAGGAGAUCAUCGGAGUCCAGCAAAAGAUCCUUUCCGAGAUGUUCAAUACGACCGACAUGCUCAGCAUCCCCCAGACCUGGGUUCUUUACAAGGAGGUGAGCGAGUACUACAAGGCCGGACUCAAGGUCCCCGAAUCGGUCAUGCUUCUGUGGACCGACGACAACUCCGGAAACCUGAUCCGCGUGCCCAUCGCCAACGAGACUGGCCGUGUUGCCGGCGCGGGUGUCUACUACCACUUUGACUACGUGGGCGCGCCGAGAUCCUACAAGUGGAUAAACACCAUUCAACUGGUCAAAACAUGGGAGCAAAUGCACCUCGCGUACGCGAAGAACGCACGCCAUCUCUGGCUCGCCAACGUGGGCGACCUCAAGCCUCUGGAAAUCCCCCUGACCCAGUUCAUGGACAUGGCCUACGACAUGGACCGCCACACCGGGCCCGACGCCACCACGGCCUGGCUCAAGCGCUGGGCGACCAGCGAGUUCGGCGCGUCGGCCGCCGACGCCACGGCCGCCAUCCUCAACGAGUACGGCGUCCUGCUGGGGCGGCGCAAGUACGAGCUCCUCAGCGACGAGCCCUUCAGCACCACAAACUACGACGAGGCCGAGCGGAACCUAGCGCGGUGGGGGGCGCUGCUCGAGCUCACGCAAAGGACGUACGACUCGCUCGACGCCGCGACCAAGAUCGCCUACUUCCAGCUCAUCCUCCACCCCGUCAUGGCCGGCAAGACCGUCGUGGACCUGUACACAAAGACGUGGCUCAACAAGGUCGCUGCCGGCCAGGGCCGCGUCAGCGCCAACACCCUCGCAGCCCAGGCGGCGGUGCUGUUCACCAGGGACGCCGAGAUCACCAACAUGUACCACUCGCACAACGGCGGGAAGUGGAAUCACUUUGUCGACCAGGUUCACAUUGGAUACACGAGCUGGAACGACCCCCCGGCAAACAUCAUGCCCAAGAUGAGCUACACGGGCCCGGCAAACGCUCCCGGUGCAGGCAGCCUCGGAGUCGCCUUCGAGGGGUCGACGACGGCGCUGCACGACGGUGCGAGCGCGCGCAUCCUCUCGGUCGACCCGAACCUCCCACCCGCCGACGUGAGGUGGCUCGAGAUCUUUGCCCGCAAGAACGGCACCUUCCCGUACACCAUCACCUCCAACGCGAGCUUCGUGGCCGUGACCAACGCCGAGGGCACCAUCACGGCGCCCGGCGACGGCUCCGACGUCCGCAGCGUCGUCAGCGUCGACUGGGACGCGGCGCCCGAGGGCGAGACCAGCGUCGCGCUCAGCGUGCGCGGCAGUGGCGCCGUGGUAGCCACGGCGAUCCUGCCCGUCGUCAAGACGUCGGUGCCCGCGGGCUUCAGCGGCUUCGUGGAGAGCAACGGCGUGGUGGCCAUGGAGGCGGCGCACUUCGCGUCGGCCGAGAGCAAAGGGGGUCUGUCGUACGUCGAGAUCCCGCACUACGGGCGCACGCUCUCGGGCGUCAAGACGAUGCCGGCCACGUCGGGGUCCCAGACGGCGGCGACGGGGCCCGCGCUCAAGUACUCCCUGUACGCCACCAGGGGGAGCGCCUCGGCGGCGCGGCUGGUCGUGUACCUGGGCGCGUCGCACAACCACGACCCGACGCGGCCGCUCCGGUUCGCCUACUCGUUCGACGACGCCGCCCCAGCUGAGGUCAAGCCCGUGCCCGACGUGCCCAUCUACCGCGAGGGCCCGGAGUGGCGGUCCGCCGUCGUGGGCGGCGGGUGGAUAAGCACCGUGACCAUCCCCGGCGGGCUUGGAAAGGGCGCCCAUGAGCUGUCGCUGUGGUUGCUGGAGCCGGGGGUGGUGGUGCAGAAGAUCGCAGUCGACUUUGGCGGACUGCGCCCGAGCUCGUUCGGACCCCAUGAAAGCAAAAACGUUUGAGGACAAGAAGGAGAGAACAGCUGAUGUUCUGACGGCAAGAAAUAUAGGACCUUGGGUACUGUAAUCGGGUGUCAGAUAUACCUGGACACUGAAUAAUGUGAGCCCGAGUUCGUGCUCGACUGCAGCGAUAUUGCAAUCCUACCAAUGUUCAUGAGGAUAGAAUGCGCCGCGCCUUACACAUCUGCCAUAAAAAGAG